UAAAUCUAGCCCAGAGAGAGGAAAUGAUUGAUAAGUUAACAUAUGAAAGAAUGAACUGUAGAAUUUACAUUCAACAAUUACACCCAUCUUUUUCUACUCUCUCUGCCUCUCUAACUAUGUUUUCAUUUUCGAUUUUCUCAAUCUUUAGCAUGCAAGGGAAUGAGCAAAAUCUUAAAAGAAAACCAGAAGAAACACAACAAAUUCAGAAAGCUAAAGCAGCAAAGAAGGAGGUUGAUGGUAUUAUAUCGACUAUGGUUGGAUUAGACGGGGUCAAAUUGCAACUUGAGAAAUGGAUCAAAGGUCUGGUUUUAGAUCAGCAAAGGAAGAAUCUUGGUCUCGAACUUGGCACAAGAAAGGCUCUUCAUAUGGCUUUCCUUGGCAAUCCAGGAACAGGUAAAACUAUGGUGGCACGAUAUCUUGGGAAGGUUCUUCAUAAGUUGGGACUCACAUCUACUGAUAAAGUUGUAGAAGUGCAACGAACUGAUUUGGUCGGGGAAUACGUAGGCCAAACUGGAAUCAAGACUAGGAUGAAGAUUAAAGAAGCUCGUGGAGGGAUUUUGUUUGUCGACGAGGCCUACAAAUUGGUACCACAUGAUAUAUACGAAUUUGGUGUUGAAGCCUUGGAAGAAAUUAUGACAGCAAUGGACGACAAAGACAUAGUUGUGAUAUUUGCAGGUUAUAGCAAAGAAAUGGAGCGUGUUAUUGCUGCAAACCAUGGAUUUGCAAGGAGGGUCACCAAUUUCUUCUACUUUGAAGAUUAUAGUUCUACAGAUAUUGCCUUGAUUUUGCAGUCAAAGUUUGUAAACCAGAAAAAUGGUAGCUAUAUCUUUGGCUUCAAGCUACAUCCGGAUUGCACUGUUGAUGCGGUGGCUAAGUUGAUAAAGGAGCAUACAACAGAAGAACAGAUGAGGAAAAUGAAUGGAGGGCUUGUGGAUCCAUUGCUUGUUAAAGCUUUGGAUAACUUGAAUUUCAGACUGAAUGAGGAUUGCUCAGAUUUGGAUGCUUUGAUGACAAUAACAAUGGAAGAUCUAGAGGAGGGCCUUAAAUCCUUGAGUUCUAACGAGAAGGAAAUUGUUCUCCCAGCAAUGUAUAUCUAAAUACAAAGUGUCACUUUUAUGCUAUAGAUUCUAAACUUUGAGUUAUUAAACUUUGAAGAAUUAUUUAAAAAAAG